AUGGUUUACGGGAAUUCGAUUCACAGUGGACGUUCUGUAGAUUUCAUGCCUCGGCUUCAGAGUAUGUAAGAUAUGUAGUUCUUUAAAUCGGUUUUCUUCAGGCGGAAAGAUGGAUAAUUUGGGGGCAACAGCUUCGAGAUCAUCUGAGUCGCGUCGUCGCCGUGGUCGCGGAAGAACUUCGCGCAGGUCGCGGAAUACAUGUCAGCUUGACGAAGAAGGCAUAGCAGGCGGCUGUUACAGCUGCGGCCACUUUGGCCACGAUUCGCGCGAAUGUCCGCGAGACCUCCACAUUGGGAGUAUGUCAGUAGCGAUGAAAAGUCAGUUUCCCCUUUUCAGAUCGAAAACAAUUUUUAUAGUCAUUUUUAGGCUUGGAUAUUGAUAGCAAUGGCUUCGAAGUACAACAGUAUCAUGGAAUAGAAAAAAUGAACUCAACUUCGGUUCGUGACGCUUGGCCAGUUGCUCACAACAUGCAGGUAAACUGUUCAGAAUCAAACGUAGUUACCUUUUUUUAAACUCCGAAUAAAAUUUAUAAUCUCAUAUUUUUCUUCGGUUGAUUAAAAGAGUUUGUUUUCCGUAGCUUUUCUAGCUUUUCUUUUUUAAUUUUCUCAAUUUUCCAUCUUAUUUUCGAGCUUUUUUUCUUUCUUUUCAGAAUAUGAACAAAAAAAAAUGCCAGAACUAUUUUUUCAGCAAUCAGUGUUCGGACGACGUGCAAUCAAGAAAAGAGAAGAUUUGGACUCAGAUUCUUCUUCGAAGAUGUACCAGAAGGUUCGUCUUUUCUCUCAAUGUGAAGUAUUUUUCUGAUCGAAGGAUUUGCGCUCGGUUGGAUCGAUUUCUCCAGUAGGAGGAGCUGAAAGGAAUGUAAACGAAUCCCCAGGUAUUUUAUUCAAAAUUUUUAACUUCCAACUUUGUUGAGCGUCAGUGAAGCCAUUUCGUUUCUUAACUGAAUAAUCAUUAGUUAUUCUGAAAAUAGUAUGGGCUAUCUGUCAAAGUGGAAGGCACGGUGUUCUUAAACGGGGUGGGGAGACGUCAAAAAAAAAAAUUUGGCGCGAAAUUUGAAAUCUACAGUACACAGCCGAAGGCGAUCGAACAAACAAGUUAUUAACGUUUGAUACUCAGUGCAUUUUAUCCGUAGCGCGCACGAAAUUGUUUUUGUAAAUUCAGAAAGUUUGACGCCUCGUUCACCUUCCCUCACCCCAUUAGGAAUGCCGUGGAAGGCAGUCGCAGAUUGUUUUUGAACAAAUUUGAAAAUUUCAGUUCACUCUGCGUUUCUUUUUUUUCAACCUACGAGGUCAUACAAUUAUGGAAAUAAAAUGAAAACAGCGUGUUUGAGAGAAAAAAAAACUCAGAUUUUUCCAUGUUUUGACAAAAUAAUUUUUUUUUUCGAAAAGUCACAUGCAAGUUAUAUGAUUGAUAGUUUGAUUCGAAGUGCAGUGUAAGUUAGCUGCUUAAGUAGAAAUUUGAGUAAAAAAAGAGAAAAAAUUUAUUCAGAAAAAUGGGCAAUGGAAGUUAUGAAGUUACAUUUUGUGCAAAAAAAAUUUCUCCAUAAAUUCUAGAGAGAAUAUUAGGAGAUGAAUUAUGAAGUUUCGGAACAAAGGUGUAAAUGCGAAAAAGUUAUUUACUAGCUUCAGAAGGAAUGCAGAAAUACGAGAUGAUCAAAACGUAUUGGAAGAAAACGGUGGAUGGCGAAAUUGAAGAGCAGGUGACCUACAUCCAUUUUCCUAAAAACUUGCCUUCGAAUAUUCAAAUCAUCACUAAUCAUUCUGUGAAUGCGACUUGAAAAGUUUUACUCUUCUUUUCAUCUAUUUUGUUACUUUUGUUCUGUUUUGUUUUACUUACGGGUUUAAACUUUCAGUAAUUUUUUGCAUCUUGUUGUUCUGUUAUUUUCACUGUUAUGAAUUUUUUGCAUUUUUUGGAGCUUGAUCAUAUUAUCGAUAAGGGCAUAGACAAUUAUUGUUCAAAAGCUUGCUCGUAGUUACCAAAAAAGUUAAUUUAAACUGUUUUCAAAACUUUUCGAGGCUCAAAUGGUGAGCGGAAACGUUUUAAAAACGUGACAUUUUUUUGGUUUUUUUUGCUAACAAAAAAAAUGCUAUCUUUCUACGGUUUGUCUGCAAAUUUCAUUAGGUAACUAGGAAACUCUUGUGAAGAUAUUUGUCGUGGUCAACAAAAUCUCAGAUUGUUUUUCGUGUGAGCACAUGUUGUAAAGCUCGGUGAUUGGUUUCGAUUGACGCCAGCCUCGCGACAUGAACGCGUCGAUUUUCUUCAUUUUUACCAUUCUCCCAUUGGCCUACGGACUUCGAUGUUACGAAGGAACGGUUUCUGGACUCGACAGCAAUCUGCAAACGCCUGCAAAAGUUGGUGAAAAGAUAUUCGUUUUUCAAAAAAAAUUUGGCUUUUGGAUAUAUGUAUUUUUUUUUUAUAAACUUAAGCGCAAUCCUUUUUUUCUUACUAAUUGUAUAUCUUUUAACGAAAAAUCGAAAAUCUGCAGCAUUGCGGUGGAAUAUCGAACUAUUGCAUUCAGCGAAUCAACAAAAAGACAGGGGAAAUGAGGUUGGGCCUAUUCUUCCUCAGAAAUCAAGCUGCAUUCUUUUUCAGACGUGAGUGUAGCUCUUGGAGCGAUGAGCACAGCAUCGAGGAGAAGUGUCCGGUAGGUCUUUCAAAAUGAGAAGAAGUUCAGUUCACUCAACGGGAUCCUCAAAACCGGAUAAAAUAUUCUCAAUAAUGCAAUUUCACUUUCAUUACGGUUUUGUUGAUUUUCAGAUGAGCGGCUGCCAUUUCCAGUCCAAGGAUGAAACUUUUUGCUGUUGUCAGUUCGAUGACUGCAACGAAUGGCGCGGAGAGUAUGUGAACUUUUUUGGACUAUUGGAUAUCAAAGCACAGCUUAGUAAAAAUACUUUCAAAAUGACAUUGAAACGCGACAAUUAAACCGCUUCAAAAUUAAUUUGGAUGUUGUAUCCCUUUUUCAAAAUCGAUUUUCACGGAAGUCAAAGAAAUAUUUAGUGGAACUGAGUUUCGAGCUGGAGAGACGAUUGCGAAGGCAACGAUGCUCCCCACCGUAUCUACUACUAUCCCUCCACUUCGCAGAUCGGUCAGAAUCUUGUUUUCAUGAAAUCGGUUCAUCAAUGAAAGUUUUCCUGUCAAUUUUCACAUUCUUAAAACAUUUAGCGAAUCUUUCUUUUUUAGAGCGCAUCGGUCAACAUCAAAGACAUGAACUGGAAUGUCGACAGUUUCGCUUCAAAGACGACGCCUCGUCCAGCUGCGGCGGCACGCAAGAACUCCGAAAUCGAAAUCAAUUGA